AUGGAAAAGUCAAAUACAAUACUUGACUUUUUCAAACGAAAAAAUGCACAAACUUCAAAUGUCAACAUUGGUGAUACAUCAUCGCUAGCUUCUGAUAUCCCAAUUUCUGAAAAUUCUUCUAAAAGACUUCGAAGAGUUGAUGGUAAUGAAUUUAAUAUUAGUUCAUUGGAGUUUGAUCCCGGAUUGCGUCGUCAGAUAUGGGAAUAUGAUGUUAAUCACCGAGAUGAAAUUCGAAGAGCUUACAUUAAUGCUGGUCCGUACCGACCUUCGAUCUCAAAUUACCCGAAAUCUGAAAAAGAAAGUCAUCUUCGUAGCUUUCAACCCUCGUGGUACAAUCUAUUUCCUUCAUGGCUUGAAUAUUCACGUGAGAAAGAUGCAGCAUUUUGUCUACCUUGUUUUCUCUUUAAUAAGCCAUCUGGGCAUUUCACACAACGUGUAUUCACUAUAGAUGGAUUCAGGAAUUGGAAGAAAGUUAGAAAUGGAAAAGAUUGUGCUUUUCUCAAUCAUAUAGGAAAAGAUCCUACUUCAUUUCACAGAGUUGCUGAGAAGUCAUAUGAAGAUUUGAAGAACCAAUCUCAACAUAUACAAAAUGUAUUUGAAAAGCUCACUUCUGAACAAAUUGCAAACAAUCGACUGCAGUUGAAAGCCUCAAUUGAUGUUGUUCGAGUGCUUGCAUUUCAAGGUGUUGCUUUUAGAGGUCGGGAUGAAAGUGUGAGUUCUACAAAUCGCGGAAAUUUUCUUGAGAUAUUGGGUUUGACGAUUUCAUAUAAUGAACAGCUUGCUGAAGUGAUCACUAAAGCUCCCAAAAAUGCCACUUACACAUCACCAACGGUACAAAAACAAAUUUUACAUGUUUUUUCAACCAAAGUAAAGGAAAUAAUUCGUAAUGAAAUUGGUGAUGCAAAGUUUUGCGUAAUUGUUGAUGAAGCUCGUGAUGAGUCAAUGAAUGAGCAAAUGGCUAUAGUUUUAAGAUUUGUUGAUAAGAAUGGUUUUGUGCGAGAACGCUUUUUUGGACUUGUUCAUGUCUCUGAUACUGCGGCAUUAACCUUAAAAAAAGUUAUAUAUUCUGUAUUGUCUAAACAUCAACUAGACAUUCAAAAUAUACGAGGGCAAAGAUUUGAUGGCGCAAUGGCGGCAUCAAAAGAAGUCAUUUCUGUUAAUCAAUUUUUUACCAAAUUGAAUGUUGUUGUCAAUUUUGUUUGUGCCUCAUGCAAUCGGUAUGAAGAAUUGCGGGUUGCCCAAGCUGCUGAAAAUGCUUACAUGAUUGCAAUUGAUGAGAUUGAGAGUGGAAGGGGACUUAAUCAAAUUAGUACGAUACAACGACCUGGAGAUACGCGUUGGAGUUCUCACUUGAGAUCAGUUUCUAACUUGAUCAAAAUUUAUAGUCCAGCUUGUGAAGUUAUUGUUAAAAUCAUUGAUGUUGGAACUUCUUCUUCACAACGAGCAGAAGCUGAUUCAGUUCAUCAGAUCACCGAUCAUCUAUGUCAAGCAUUGCAAUCCAAAUCUCAAGACAUUUUAAGUGCCAUGCACCUUGUUUCAUCCACUAAAAGGUGUAUUCAACAAUAUAGAGAUGAUAAAUGGGAAGUUUUACUUACCAAGGUGAAGUUAUUUUGCAAUAAACGCGACAUAGAUGUUCCAGAUAUGAAUGCCAGUUAUGUUGAGAGAAGAGGUCGAGCUCGCAAUCAACAAGCUGACUUUACAAUUGAGCAUCAUUAUCGUGUAGAUAUUUUUUGUGCUGCAAUAGAUUCUCAAUUGCAAGAAUUAAAUCGCCGGUUUAGUGAGCAUGCAGUGGAGUUGCUUAUUCUAGGCUCGGCACUUAAUCCUCGAGCUGCGCGUGAGUCUUUUAGAAUUGAUGAUAUUUGUCAGUUGGUAAAUAAGUUUUAUCCGCAAGACUUUACCGAUCUUGAAAAAGAACAGUUGGAAAUAGAACUUCACCAUUAUGAGCAUAAUAUAGUUCAAGAUUCAAGUUUCCAAGGAUUGUUAAAUAUUUCCGAAUUGUGCCAAUGGUUGGUUAGAACCGGAAAAUCAACUAUCUACCAACUUGUUUUUCGAGUUAUUGUGCUUCUGCUUACUCUUCCCGUUUCUACCGCAACUACAGAAUGA